GAUCAGGGGCCGACGUGUGCAGAAGUCCCUCUCCUCCAGGUGCUCGUCCCCUAUUUCUGUGAAGGAAGAGAGAUUUCAGACUGAGGGACAGAGGGGCCAACUGCCUUAUAGCCCUGCAGGUCUUCAGGUCUGUGGUUGCAAGCACCAACCCAGACAAGAAAAGGGAAGACCUGCAGGACCAGCGCAGGACAAGCAAAGGAGGGGACAUCUCAACAUGGAAAAACUCUACCACGAAAAUGAAGGAAAGCUGGAAAGUGAGGGAAAGCAAGAAAAUGAAGUAGAUACAGAAGAUGAAGGAAAGUCAGAUGAGGAAGAAAAUUCAGAAGUGAAGGGGAAGCCAGGGCAGGAGGAAAAGUGCCAGGACAAGGGACAGCCAAAUGAUGAGGGGAAACAAGAAAAGCAGAGCAAGUCUGAAGGUGAGGGAAAAACACGCGUUGAGGACAAGCCAGAGCCCCAGGCCAAGCCAGAGAGCCAGCUGCGGGCUGCUGAAAAGCGCCCGGCUGAAGAUUAUGUGCCCCGGAAAGCAAAGCGAAAAACGGACAGGGGGACAGAAGAUUCCCCCAAGGACUAUCAGGAGGACUUACAGGAAAGGCAUUUGGGCAGUGAGGAGAUGAUGAGAGAAUGUGGAGAUGUGUCAAGGGCUCAGGAAGAGCUAAGGAAAAAACAGAAAACGGGUGGUUUUCAUUGGAUGCAAAGAGAUGUACAGGAUCCAUUCUUCCCAAGGGGCCAACGGGGUGUCAGGGGAAUGAGGGGCGGAGGUAGGGGCCAGAAAGACUUAGAAGAUGGUCCAUAUGUUUAAUGACAUUGGCCUUUAAAUCCGAUUUCUCUGAUGGAAAUAUUGCCAACUCUGCUUUCCCUGGCAGGCAUUUGCCAGGCGAUGUGCUUUAACUUUAUGCUGAUACUUUGCAUUAGGUGUCACCCUUGUUACCAGCACCCUUUUGAUCCAACUAUAUAGUGCUCUCUGUUUUAGUAGGGGAUUUUCACCUAUGUGCAUGGAAAAUAUGUUCAUGGUACAUUGUACAAAUAAUAAUAAACAGUUUUCAGAACUGCA